AGUUAUUAACACAACAGAACCGGAGGAGCUCAUCGUCUCUGUCCACACUAGUUACAUGUCAUGUCCCGCCUCGUGUUUCCUGUGUUGGUCUGCGCCGCUCUGUGCUCGUCUGUCUUCAGCCUGUCAGUUUUCUCCGACGCUCCGCAGGCGCACAUGCUGCUCCGCUCGCGGCGAGCCAACAGCUUCCUGGAGGAGCUGAAGCCCGCCUCCAUGGAGCGCGAGUGCGUGGAGGAGAAGUGCGACUUCGAGGAGGCCCGGGAGAUUUUCCAGAGCAGGGAGGCCACGCUGGAGUUUUGGACCGUCUACACAGAUGGGAACCAGUGUGUGUCCAACAUGUGUGUUCACGGGGCGUGUGUGGAUCAGUACCAUGGCUACGCCUGCCGCUGUUUCCAUGGAUACGAAGGCAAAUACUGCAACCACAAUGUAACGGCCACCAACUGCUCGGUGGACAACGGCGACUGCGACCACGAGUGCACGGAGAGCGAGGACGGCCGGAGCAGGAGCUGCAGCUGUCUGACGGGAUACAAGCUGGAAGACAACAGCAGGAGCUGCGUCCCCAAAGGUUCCACUUCCUGCGGUCAGCUGCUGAUCAACAGGUCGGAGUACGCAGUGCCACUGGUGGAGGGGCUGCUACCCUGGACGAUUGGAGGAGAGGUGGGCAGGAAGGGGGAGAGUCCCUGGCAGGUUCUUGUUUUUAAUGCCAGAGGGAGGUUUCACUGCGGCGGCGUCCUCAUCAGUAAGAGCUGGGUCCUGACGGCAGCUCACUGCCUCGAAGGCCACCACAAGUUCAGCGUCAGACUGGGUGACUACGAGCGUUUGAAGGACGAAGGAACGGAGGUGACUCUCCAGGUCGCCCGGGCCUUCAAACACCCCAGCUACAACAGCCGGACGGUGGACAACGACAUUGCCCUGCUCCGCCUGCAGACGCCUGCCCCAUCGUCUAUAUACAUCCUGCCUGUCUGCUUGCCAGGGAGCGCCAUGGCCAAGCGGGUGCUCCACCGAAAUGGCACCAUCACCGUGGUGACGGGCUGGGGCAAGCAGGACAGCGGGAAGUACAGCUCGGCGCUGAAUGUCAUCAAGAUCCCACUAGUCAACCGUAGCGUCUGUGGCCAGCAGAUGUUCCCCCACCAGCUGUCUGAAAACGUCCUGUGUGCCGGGAUCCUGGGCCAGAGCGUGGAUGCCUGUGAGGGGGACAGUGGUGGCCCGAUGGUCACCCUGUACCGGAACACCUGGUUCCUGAUUGGCCUGGUGUCGUGGGGCGAGGGCUGCGGCCUGAAGGACAAGCUGGGCAUCUACACCAAGGUGUCCAACUACAAUCAGUGGAUCCACCAGGUCCAAGAGGAAUGGGACACGAGACAUCGUCCACAAUAACACCGAACAGAUGGUCCUGUCCACUCAGUCAAACCCACUGACACCCCCACAGCUUCAGAGAUGUCUCACAGCUUCACAAAUAAAUGGAUUUACUCUGAAAAAGCUUCUGGCUGUUUUAUUUUAAUACAGCCUAGUAGGG